GGUGGCAGUGGAGGGGACACAGGAGACCCGAGGGGACCCCGGGACACGGCGGGACACGGGCACCGGGUGAGGCUUCACCAUCCCCGGCCCUGCCCAAAGCGGUACCGCCCAAGGCCAGGGCCCGGCUCUGCUCCCCCGCUCUAUAAGAGCCGGAGCCACAUCCCGGGACACGCUCGGGAACGCGGGGAAUCAUCGGGAACCGCCCGAUCGGGAACGAGCCGGGUCCUGCCCGGCAGCGGCUGCAGCGCGUUCACUCUGGAGCCGACUGAGAGCAGCGGCCGCGGGGCCGAGGGGCCCCGGGGACCCCAGGAGGGGUCCUGGCCCCUGCAGCACCCGAUGGGGGUCUCCGGGAAGCCGGACGCGGGCCCUGGAGCCGCGCCGGAGUCUGUCAUCGACCCCCACAUGGACGCCUUGUUCGAUGAGUUCCUGGGGAAAGAGCUCUCGCCGGAGCUGACGGGGCCCUCGGUGGCACCGCCGCUGCCCCGGGGCCGGCCCCACCGCUUCGUGCUGCGGGACACGGAGCAGCGCGGGCUCUGCCUGCGCGGGGGGCGCCUGGUGCCCACCCCCCUGCAGGGAGCCAGCGCCGACCAGGAAGAGCUCCUCAGUGCGGUGCCCAACCCGCACCUGGAGCGCCGGCGCUGCCCCCUCAUCCUGGGCAUCCGGGGGGGCAGCCAGGCCCUGUCCUGCACCCCCGGCCCCGAGCCCCGCCUGCAGCUCGUGGACGCGGCGCUGCUGGAGCUGUUCUGGCGCGGGGAGGGGGCCCCCUGCACCUUCUACGGGAGCUUCGGGGGCUCCACGCACAGCUUCGAGGCGGCCGCGUGCCCCGGGGCCUUCCUCAGCACCGCGGGGGGGCAGGAGCUGGGCCUGGGCCCCCCCACGGCGCCACCGGCUUCUACCGGCCCCGCAGGUGACCCCCGGCGGGGCAAUAAAGAGAUGGAACCGGCUCGGAGCGUGGGGGGGCGGGAUCGGGAGGAUGGGGGCGGGGCCACACGGGGCGGGGCCGGGAGGGGGCGGGGCCAGCUGCAGACACGCCCCGCGCCGCGCGCCGGCGGUGCCGGACCCUGGGGUCACCCCGCACCCCCCGGGGUCACCCCCCAAGAGCCCCCCCCAAUCCCCGCGGGGGUUCCCCAUUGA